GACACACACACUCCUGUGGCCCCCCAGGAAAGAUGGAGGUGAUGUGGAUCGAAUGCAGCUCGUGCAACGUCACCCUUUACGUCUGCAGCCGGACGGUGCAUUGCGGGGAGCGGCGUCUGUGGGUGGAGGAGGGGAAGGAGCUGCGUCUGGACUGCGGCCUGGCCUGGCACGAGCUGGCCCACGGCACCAAGAGCUACUGGUUCUACCGGCUGCGGGGCCACACGGAGGGUCCCCCCCAGCCCCAGGAGCAGCUCCAGGCCGAGAGCUCCGAGCCGGUGCUGGUGCAGAAGGGGGUGACGGCAGCGGCGGGGGGACGGUACCGCUGCGAGAUGCGGGACGCGCGGGGGGACGUCGCCUCCGAGCUCGUCUUUGACGUCGUGGUGACCCGCUCGUCCGCGCGCUCCCACCCGGCCCCGGCCCCGCCGGCCUCUGGCCCCGCUGCGGGGGGGGUCCCGGUGCCCACCAUCAUCAUCGCCAGCUGCAGCAGCGUCGUCGUGGUGGCCAUCGUGGUCAUGGGCUUGUGCCUCUGCCAACGGAUGCGCCGCAGCGCCCAGGGCCAGCAGAACCCUGAGCUCCCCUGAGACCCCCACAACCUCCCGGACCCACAGGACACCCAGGACCUCCAGGUAGCCCAGGAUCCCACAGGACCUCCAGGACUCCCAGGACCCCACACCCUCCC